UUGAAAGGUCGUGUUUUUGUAUUAUCAUAUUUGUGGCUGGCUGAAGGUAAUUUCUCAACAACUGUCAAUUUGAAUUCACAAUCGUUCUUUUUAAGCCUAGACGGCGUUCUCUUAGAAUUUUUACAUAUCGCAUUAUCUUUCAACAAUAAAACGACUGUUUCUAAGCGAAUUUGAUUUAGGUUAAAUAAUGGCUGAAAGCGCUCCAUCUACAGAAUAUGCUACCAGCGAAAUGCCAGUAUCAGAAGCGGGAGAAGCGACCCCCGCUGGAGGGUACCCUGGGGGGUUCCCUCCAUACCCUCCUUACGCCACGGAGACUGUACCGCCUUCGGUUGCCGAUACUAUAAUGGCGGGCCGCGAUCUUAGAGUGCAACACAAGUCUCUCCCUAAACAGAUUGUGAGGCCACCACCAAAGCCAGCUCGACCAAGAGGUCCAAAAGCAACAGACGUGAAGCUUUCAAAGCGCGCGGCGCGAGCCCACGCGCGAUGCUUGAAGCGGCAUGGCGCCGUUCUCACCGACCGUCUUGAGCGAAUAUCUCGUCCGCCGUUGCGCAGCGUCAUCUACCUGUGGCGACAGUACGCACGUAUGCUUCCCGCCGACACGAUUGCUCGAUUGAGGACAAUGCUGGAUGCAGAUCAGCCUUUCAAGCCGGAACAGGCUUACGAAUACUUUAUAAAUCUCAAGAAAUCAAAGAAGAAGGGUGCUACGAUUAAAAUAAAUCAAUUUAAGAAAGAUAUUUUGGCGUUAUGCGGUGACAAGAGAUUUGUCUGGGCUCGUAAUGCCACCGUUGCGUUCGCGAGGGGCAUUCAGCAACGGCUGUCGAAACCUGGCUCAUAUGCCCUUGCAGAUGGAAUGUUAAGGCUAUCUAACAUCAUUUUGGAAGAUUUGUGCUCGUACAUGCAUACGAGGCCGCCGUCGCGCAGAGCCACACACCCUAAAGCGAAGUUCAUGAUGGAAAUGGCAGACAAGAUAGCAGUUUGGAUUGACGAAAUACUGGCAGAGUCUGAGGACCGUAUGCUGAUGAUGGACUUCGACGAAGAUGAAGAUCUUGUAGAUGCUGAUGAAGCGGGGGACGCGGGUUUCGCUGAUGACUUCCUUAAUAUGAUGGGAGGGGAUGGUGGGCUGUUAAAACUACCGUUGCCUGCUUAUCUCAAUUUUACUGGAGAAAUGCUGGAGGUCUUUAAUAUUCUAACGGAGUCGAUGUACGAUAAAGGAGACGCGCAUCUUCUUACACAUGGAAAGUUUACCACCAACUAUUCAGAUGCUGCUGAUGAAUUAAAGCAAGCAACCGAUUUCAAUGCUACCGAUUUCAACUCUACGUUAGCCAACCAACUGAAGAAAGAUCUGGGCGAAACUGCUGCCCCAAAGACAACAGAAAAGCUCAAGCCCUUCAUGAAAGAAAUGGUUGAAAUUUGUUCCAACUAUUUAGCACAAUUUGCUGAAUAUAACAAAGACAAAGGUCCAGCUUUUAAAUUGCUGGUGAAAACAAUGAAAACAAAAGGAGCUCAACAGUUGUACCAGAAGGGCAAGGCGAAAAGGACUUAUGGAAAGGCAGCAACAGAAUUAGAAGACGCAAAGGGUCUAGAAAACGACCACGAUGAUCCGAACUUAUCUCAAGAGAUUCAUUCCGCUCUUUCCAAGGUAGUUGAAGGACAGACUCCAGCUGAGUUAAAGGAGGAUAUGAAAGGAACUUUGGACAUAUGUUCGAAAUAUCUCUCACAGUGUGCCGUUGAUGAAAUUGAGCGAGGCCCAGCAUUCGACCUUCUUAUAAAAGAAUUAGAGAAAAAUGGUCAGGAGCCGUUUACGCCGCAGUAUUCUGUACUGCCGACUAGAUUUGUUGCGGCUUAUACAUUAAAGUCUGCGCCAGGGUUGACCAGUAGCACACCUGAUCCGACAACGGCUCCCGUAUUUUUGGAGCCUUUGCACAAAGCAGUUGAUACUGUUACUCCAAAAAACUUAAAAAAAGAUAUGAACGAGGUAAUUGAACGCUGUGCAAACUAUUUAUCUGCGUUCAUCAGAGACAGAGAUAAAGCAAUGCAAGCUCUUCUUCAAAUGAUGAAAAAUAAUCCGAAAAAUGAGGUAGCGAAAAGAAAUAACUAUCUUAUGACUUACGAUAUUGGAGCCAAAGAAAUAGAAACGUCACCUCUCAUUAUACCGUAUAUGCCUAUCAAAGAUAUUGCAGAUGAAGCAAAGGAGCACUUGAAUAAUGAUAUGUCAAAAGUGACGCCGCCUGAUUUAAAGAUAGCGAUGAAAGCUGCGGUACAAGACGUGGCGAAGUUUCUAUCACAACCGAGCGCCUUACGUAGUGGUGUUGCCGGCGAGCGUUACCCUUUAAAUUUUCUAGCAGCGAUAAAGAAAUCCUUGGGAUCCAAACCUCUUUUUAAAUACAAGGCAUUUGGCCAAACUUAUGCAGAUGGCGCUGAUGUGUUAAAGUACUCCGGACCAUUGGAAUCCGAUCCAAAAGCUGAAAAUCUUCAGUAUGAAAUUGCAGCAGAAAUUGAAAAAGGAGUACCCCCUCAACUAUCACCUACCAUGGCUAAUGAAAUAAGUGCCACAAUGGAAGACGCUGCAAAACAUUUGGCAAAAGUUGGGAUGGAGAAAGGAGAAGCACUUCAAUAUUUAGUCAAUUUGAUGAAAGAUCAAGGAGAAACCCCUAUGGGGCACAUUCAAGGAUACCAGCAAUCUUAUAAUGAUGGUGCUAGACGAAUCGAACUUAGCAAAAGUUUGGCGACUGACAAGGUUGACAAAGGGACGUACGAGUCUCUUUUAGAAAAGUUAAAUGGAUUGGUUGAAGCAAAACCGAACAAUGAGUACGCAAAAGUCAUGCCAGGUAUUAUAGACGACGCAUCAAAGUUUCUGGCAUCACCUCUUCCUGAAAAUGACAAGGAGAAACGCCAACUAUUGGCCGAUUUAAUGGCGCGAAAAGGUGACGAAAUAUUAAGAGAAGAAAGUAUAUACAAAAUGACAUAUACGGAAGGUGGUCAAGAAUUACUUAAUGCGCCUGUGGGUGUGAGCACAGCCCGUGACGUAGCCGCAAAAGAUGAUAUUCUGCAAAAAAUAAAAGCAGUCAUACCGGAUGACAAGAAGAUACAAGAUAUUUUAAAAGAGCCCGCUAAUGAAGGAGCUGCAUAUUUAGCAGACAUUGUCAAAGGACGAGGGGAAGCAAUGCAGGUCAUACACGAUGGAUUGAAGAAAGAAAAAGAUAAAGACUUUUUAACGUUGGGAAAAUUCUCCAAAAACCACGAACAAGUCGCUGAUAUGCUCUCGGGUGCAUCGCAUUUUGGUGGGCAGAAGCCAUCACCCGCGGUUGUUGACAAAGUUUCUUCCAAAAUAGAAGCUUUACCCCUGCACUUUCCCGAGUCUGCCAAACCGUUCGCUAAAGAAACAUCGGAUAUUGCCGUAAAUUACGUGGCUGGCGUAGCCACUAAAGAGUGUGGUCUGGAUCCGAAAGCCCUCGCGGAAUUAGAUGGGGGUUUAAGUAAGCGUGCAGCGGCUAGUGCUAAAUCUGGAGCCACCCAGGGUAAGCCUUCCGCACCCACCCAGGGUACGCCUUCCGCACCUACUGCAUCAUCAACAACGGCCUUGAAUGCUGACGAAGCAGCAAAACUUCGGGGUUUGCAGGCGGCGCGGAGGAGGGAACAGGGUUUAACUAGCGGAGAUGAUAGAGAGCGCGAUGAGGCAAUGAAUAUAUUGCACGGACAGCUGAAAGCCCGUGGCGGUGAGACGAUGUACAAGCAACCGCACACAGAGCUAACACACUCUCUAGCGUCGGACUGGUUGUCGAUGAAACCCCCAAUGAAGGUAGAUAAGGCGGUAAAGGAAUCGGGUGACACAGCGCGCCUUCACAAAAAGUUUGAGAGGAAACUCAGCGGCCUAGUUGCCAAAUGCACACCAGAAGAUAUGUAUGAUACCAUGCAAGAUGUCAUCAUCGAGUCUUCAAGGAUCUUAUCAGAGUAUUUUGUAACUAAAAGCUACAAAGCUUUGGUUCGUGAAGCUUUAAUAUCGGAAAUGCAGAAACGUGGCAACGAAAUACUUAUCGAAGUGGAUGGCGCUGCCGAAACGUAUUUCUUUGCAGCGCAAAGAUUAAAGAAAGCGUCCACCCUGGAUGUUAAGGAGCCCUGUGCGGAAGUUUCAUACUUUCUGUCCAAAAAAUUGGACGACAUGAUUCGCUGCCGAUCGAUGGCUAGGAAACUCACUUCUGCUAUGAAAGAUCACAGCAAAGAGGCAUCCGACUAUCUAUCAGCACAUGUUACAAAACCAGAUGAGCAAAUUGAGGCCUAUGUAACAUUAUUAAACGAAAUGGAGGCGGCCGGGGACAGCCUACUUAUCGAGGGAAACAUUCCCAAAUCGUACAAGGAUUCAGCAGCUUACCUACGCCAAUUGACAUCUUUUGAAGACCAAAUUAGACGGCCUGAUGCCGCACUGCAGUCAGAGACUGAGAGGAGGCUGCAGAAUCUUAUGGCUAAUGUCACUAGCAGUGGGUCUAGCAAGGCUGCCAAAGAUGGAGUUAUAAAGGACUCUACGCAGCUACUUGUGUCUUACAUAAUGCUCCUAGUUGAAAAAACCGAAGCCUUGAAAGUAUUGAUAGAACAAAUGGAUCUGCACGGCGGAAAUGUUUUAUUACGCCAUGGGAAAAUUCGGAAGACUUACGCAGAGGGCGCUGAUAUGUUACGUAGUAAAAACGCGGAUCAGCUUAGCGUGGCCAGCGCAGAUCCGGUGGUCGUGAGGAAGAUUCAAAUUAAACUUAGAAACAUCAUGCAUCGCUACACGCCAGAAAAAUUCGUUAAUGUUAUAGAUGAUGUCAUUGAAGAGGCCACUAUGUAUUUAGCAGUACAUUUCUUACAACCACAAAUAAUUCAAGUGUGCAAGUGUAUGAAGAACGUAUUCGUGCAAUGCGAGUUGUGGUGCGACGAGAUCCUGCGGCGUGUAGCGCGGCCAUGCUGCUCUUGUUCUCGCCACAUCUCUACGCAAGCACUGUCUGACCUUGCACCCGGGCCAAUCCAUGCGACACCUGGUUCUUCCCGUGCUUACGCCGACGGUCUCGAGAUCACCAUUGGCCCGUGCCCCACUAGGGUCGACCGGACUCCGGGGCCAUGUCCGGCCACGCGGCCCACAGACGAGUGCGGCCGCUACACAACCACAUCAUAUUUAUUUUACUCGCCUGCAUCUGGUCGCCAACGCUCACUUUACUACAGCCCGGAGCGACUCAGUCCUGAUGCUGGGUCUCUGCACAUCUCACGCAGCCGCGAGUCUAGAUCACCACUUUCGACAAACCGCUCCUUCGGUGAACGAUUUGGCGAAACGAUAACCAAGGAGCUUAGAAACAGGUCGCCGACUCCCAUCAGAGAGACGGAGACGUCCUCCUCGUUCUAUACUCCACAGAGUGGCCAGGGUCUCGACUCAGAUCCGCCCGAAAUGGACGUAGCUUCGCCACGUUUUUGGAACUCUCCCACAACAAUGUACGCGGAGGUCUUUACGCCGAAUGUCCCACAUCCGCCGGUUAAACCCACGCGACCAGGGAAUCCAACGCAGGAGCAAAGAUCGUCCAAUUCCAGAGCGCCAAUAGUGAGCACUGAGCAGAUGAGUGACUGGCACGCCAUGUUGGUGAGCCUUAUGUGGAACGUACAAGCCUGGAGAGACUGGAUUCAGGAGAACUUUGACCGAGCGCUGGCCUUUCAGCAGUCUGAAUCCCUAGGACAAUCCGACGAAAGCUGGAGAGGUUUUCAACGAAGAGUAGCAACUGAAGCACUUCAAUGGCGACAGUACAACAAAUUUAGCCGCCAGUUGACUCUGCGUUUGGCUCUAAGAUACAGAGAUAAACAGAUCGUGUCCCCCACUCGAGGCACAGUGAAGACAAAUGUGUAUGUCGAGUGUCAGCAGGAAAUGUUGGAGAUCAUCGACAUGUUCAACAAGUGGACCGUGUGGUUGACACUUGUGAUUAAAGAAACGGAUUCGUUACAAAAUCAGUCGGAUACCGACUCCACGUUAACUCAAGUGCGAUGGAAUCACUUCAAGAGGAAGAUACAAGAAUACGCAGAGGAUUGGCAGAAGUAUAACACGCAUUUGAAGGGUUGCUGGGAACAAAAACACAAGAAAAUUAUAUCUGAAUGGGUUCCAUCGUGGGGUUCUGCAGGCCCAGUGUGGGUGGUUAGCGCGUGUGGGGCGGUGCCCAGCGGGGCCGUUCCAGCUGGUCUCUAUGAGGGAGAACUGACGUGGCUAGCACGCACCACGCACAAAUGUAACGUGCUUCCGGCCGCACUGCAUCCAUCGAAGCACUGUUGCGUGGUAUACGCUGACGGCGCCGUACAUCACUAUACGAAGUAUCAAGUGAUGUGCAAUGCCGAAGUGCGAUGGGUGGCGUGGAGGGCGGGCGCGGGUGUGGGGGGCAAUGGGGGGAACGGGGGUCGUGCGGUACGCGUGGCCCCGGGCGUACACGCCGGCCGCGUACACUACCGCGGAUCGCACUUAGUAGGCGCAGUACAUGCCCCCCACUACCGAUGCCAUGUCGUCAUCUAUGGACGCCCGUUUGCGUUCAACUGCUACGAGCUGUUGCUACUAGCUGACUGAACACGUGUAU